AUUCCGGACCCAGCUCGUUCAUUCUACAAACCUGGCAACAACUUGGGGGGAAACUAUGGUGGUGGUUAUGGUGGUGGAUAUGGUGGACCGAACGGGGGAUACAACAAGGGUGGUGGUGGUGGUGGAUACGGUUGUGGAUAUGGUGCUGAAUAUGGUGGACCGAACGGGGGAUACAACAAGGGUGGUGUUGUUAUUCCGAGUGUGGUGUGCUCGGAGCCAGGACCUUGUUACAAGAAAAGGUUGGCCUGCCCAGCAAAAUGCUUUAGCUACUACAGUAGGUCUGGGAGGAACUAUGGCGGUGGCGGAGGUGGUGGUGGUUGCGCUAUUGAUUGUGAGAAGAAUUGUGUGGCCUACUGUUAAGGCAUUUAUAAUUAUAAGCAUGCACUGAUAUUGUGCUGAUCCCAGAUGCUAUAAUUAACUUAUCUACUACUUGUGUGUUUGCUCUUAUGACACAACUGUUUGUUCUCUCCCUCUGUUUCAUCUUCUAUUAUAUAUAUGAAUGAUCAUAUGAUGUUUUAAGCUAUACUUCUGCCUGUAGUUUCUAUUAAGCUGCAGACCUUGUGUCUUUCUUUCUUCUCUGUAUGUUUGAUAAGUAUCUUUAUCAUUUACUAAACUUUGGUCAUCUUUUUCUGGAUAAUUAAUUUGUGGAAACUCUAUUUCUCUACUACAGGAAAGUUGUUUAAUAUUUAUCAUGCAAAUUUAUAUAUAUAUAUAUAUA